GCACCUACGAUUUGUGUGCCUUCCUCAGACCUGCUGCACGCACGCCAUGCGUAUGUGCCCUUCAUAGGCUGCUCCUGAUGCUUGAGUUUCUGUCCCUGGGGGCGCUGAGCAGCACCGUGACCCUGGGGCUGUUCUUUUGUCGAGCCCAGCCAGUCGCCCACCGGCGGGGACGGGGUAUGCGGGGUUGGCUCGGCCUCUGGCCGCCCCUUUCGAAACCAACCGUUAUUGCCUGGCGGCCUGGCCGUCCCAUGGCCACUCAAUUGAUUGCAGUAAUGGGUUCGCUUCGCUCUUUGCUGCUCUCGCUCUUCGCUGAUCUCGUCCACCAUGGAUCGCAGGCCGCCGCUGGAGCCAUCAUCCUGCUGCUCAACAGCGCGCUCCUGUUCGCCAUGCUGCUCAUGCUGCUUGGCAACUACCGCCAGGCCGUGACAGACCGGUGGCGGGUCUGGUGGUCCGGCGUGCAGCGGGCGCUGCGGCUGGUGGCUGCCGACGCCCGCGCGCAGCGAAGGCAGGUGCUGCAGCAGCUGCAGCUGGGGCGCGGCAGCGCCAAUGUCAGUGGUGGCGCCGCUGCCGGCCGUGGUGACGUGCGACGCCUGGACAAGCAGGGCCAGUCGGCGGGGCAGCAGUGCAGCACGCAGCAGUGGCUGAAGGUGAAGAGCUGGACAGCGAGUAGCAGGCUGGGUGUGGAGGAGGGUUACUUCAACCGAGACAGCAGCCUUUUGGUGCGAGACCGCCAGAGCACGGAGGCAGCACCAGAGGCGGGCGGCUUUGGGGGCGCUGAGGGAUAGGCUCGGCAGCUGGCAGGCGUAGUGACACGGCAGGGGGUGCGCUGCCCGGUGCGUGCUGGCAGGGGCGAGCCUGCCAUGGUAGACUUUAGUGAAGACGUCGCAGAGGAGUAGGGAGGAGCGGGCGUGCGCAGCGGGGAAGAAACAGGACGGGUCUUGAGAGGCAUCGGUGCCGUAUUGGCUGCUCUUACUUUUGUAAGAUUGUGUAUCAGGUACUGAAACACUGCUGCCUUCACGUCUGCGGUCGGUACUUGUGGUGCCGAACGAGCUGCAGCCGCUACAAUUCUGUACACUUUGGUGUUGCCACUGCAGAUGAGUGUGCAAUGGGACAGUGUCAAGGCAGGUUGGUGAAGUCCCGUGGGGUGCAGCUGAUGCCCAAACCCCAGCAGAUGGCAAACACUUUGCAACGGCAGGGCAGGAGUGCGCGGCUGGUCGAACGCCGGAGUUACUGUACCGACAAGUUGCUGGCUGGCUGGAAGUUUGCUGACGCGCAUGCGAGGUGAUGGACUGAUGGUCAUGGACUGGACAGUAUUAUUGAAAUGCGUAGUAUACAAGUAUCU